UAUUUCUCUGUAAAAUCCAAGGUUAACUAGAAACUAGGAAGCCUGGGCAGCUGCCUGUGUCCAGAUUAUCCCAGGUGGCCACCACCGGAAGACCGUAAUCUCCCUCUUUGAGCACAGGUGUGCUCCGAGGAUUGACAGAUCCGGACGGGGCCAGCUGGGUUUAUUUGAAGCAUGACUGAGAACAAAGUGGACCAGCCAACUUCAGUAUCUCAGCUCUUAAGAGAGAGCUACCUGGCAGAAGCACGAGCACACCAAAGACACAGCGAGAUGAGUCGCUCGGACUCCUCCUCCUCGCGGCACCUCGUCUAUGGGCCUCUCAAAGGCAAGGCUGAGGAUUCAGUGGGGCACGAAGACCCCCAGCUCCCAGACCUCUCAGCCUUCCUGAGUCAGGAGGAGCUGGAUAAAAGUGUCAACCUGGCUCGCCAGGCCAUCGGACAUGAGUCCUAUCAGGAGAAGGCAGAGGUCAAGUCCCUCACCGCCUCUGCCACCAACUCCUCCACCUGCACUGCCACUUCCUCUGCCACCUCCCCUUUAACCGCUCCCCCCUCCACUCCUCUUGCUGCCCACUCCACCCCCUUUGCUGCCCCUUCUUCCAUCCCCUUUACUAUCCCCUCAGUCUUGCCAACCACACAGUUAGCCCCAGAAAGAAAAGAGCAUCCACUGACACACUCCACAUUGUCAGCAGAGAGACAGACACAACAGCCCCCAAUGCAGGACAGUAUGAUGAGGAAUAACAAGGCCCCCAAGGAGGGCUUUCAAGACUUCAACGUGUCAGCCAGGAACACACCUUACGGCCCGGAGACACAGUCCAAAAAGGAGUUCCUCAACAAGGCUGCAGACUUCAUUGAAGAGCUCUCGUCUCUCUUCAAGGCCAACAGCUCCAAGAGGAUACGGCCGAGAACGUGCAAGGCCCACAGGAGUAGGCAUCAGAACAAGAGCCAUUCGGAAGGGGCUGUGUUCGCCCUCAACACAGAGGACAGGGAGAGACCUAUUCUACCUCAAGAGAUGGAGAGGCCUGCUCCUGCCUUUGGCUGCCAGCCUGAGAACCAGAUGGACCCAGCUGAGUUUGAUCAUGCAUCACCCGGGGAGCUCUCCAUGCAGGACUGCAGGACUACAGAGGAUCAGUAUGAGUCUGGGGGGACGGAGGUGGAGGAGACCGAGAGCCCUGUCCUUGCAGAGAACACCUACAGAGCAGAGCCUGUCUGCGAGCCUCCUUGCUUCAUCCAAAAACUGAAAAGCAGGGAAGUUGCAGAAGGCAUCAAGGUCCAGUUGGACUGCAUCGUAAGGGGACUUCCCAUGCCUGAAGUCCGAUGGUUUUGUGAGGGGAAGGAGCUGGAGAACAGCCCGGACAUUCAGAUCAUCAACAACGGCGAGCUACACUCUCUGAUCAUUGCAGAGGCGUUUGAGGAAGACACUGGGCGUUACUCCUGCUUCGCCUCAAACUUCUACGGCACAGACUCCACCUCAGCAGAGAUAUACAUAGAAGGAGCCUCCUCCACAGACUCUGAAGGGGAACAACGUUUUGAACACACAGCACAACUGAAGAGCAAAACAGCCCAACUGGCCCCAUUUGUACCUGUGGUGGCCAAUACAGGGGUGUCUGUUGAUGUGGAAGACCACGCCUCAGAGAACCCUGAGGAGUAUCAACAGGAAGUCCCCUCAAAGCCAUCUGGUCUCAUGACCACAUCCUCUCUACCUCUUCAGACAACAACCACUGUGAUUCCUGUUCUGGAGGUACCACCUGCAAUACCUGAUCAGGAGAGCUUUGCACUGGCAGACACCCCGGAAGUGACAGCACCUGUCCAGGAGGUUCCGACGCUGUCAUCUGUAGAUACAGAAUCUACACUCGCACAGGACAAGCCGAGACCUUUAGCUGCUUUGGCAACGUCCAUACUGCUACCUGUGCUUACUGCUACAACUCUACCACUGACCCAGGUGGUCUCCUCUGCACUGCCCAUCCAAGUGGCUCCCACACAAACAACUCCCCCUGAGAGUCAGAAUUCCAACGAGAUUCACCUUCAAGAAUUAAACGUGAGACCUAUCAUGGCUGCUCCUGUAUUCACAAAGUCUCUGCAGGACCUGUUAUCGUUGGAGGGCCAGCUGGUGGUGCUAGAGUGCCGUGUAAAGGGGGUGCCCUCCCCCAAAGUCAGCUGGUACAGAGAUGGAAUUGCUCUAGAAGACUCCCCUGACUUCAGAAUCUUACAAAAGAAGCCUAGAUCUAUGGCAGAAUCAGAGGAGAUAUGCACUUUGGUCAUUUCUGAAGUUUUCCCUGAAGAUUCUGGAACAUUUACUUGCACUGCAAGCAACAAGUAUGGAACUGUAUCCAGUAUUGCUUCACUGAGGGUAAAAGGCAAUGGCAAUAACAGCAAUCAUGUGCAAGCCAGUCAACUCGCAGAGCCUUCACUAUCUGAACUCCCCAAACCUCAGUCUGAGAGCUCUAUGAGCAUCAAGCCACACUCCAGCACCAUCCGCUUGGACCCUCUCAGCUCCAGUAGCCUACGCCUGGACCCUCUGAGCACCAGUACCCUGCGUCUAGACCCUCACCGCUCCAGCGUGCUGCGCCAGGACCCUCUCAGCACCAGUCUCCCCAGCCUGGACCCCCUUAACCUCAGCACCCUCCACCAAGACCUGCCAGGCUCCACGAUGGUGCGUCCAGACGCCCAAAAGACUCAUGAGGGGGCCUCGUUUUACAAACCCUUCACAAGCCCACUGAUGACCGAGUCCCAAAGCAGUAGCUUUAAAAAUGGUCAGGAAGAUUCUAGACCUAAGGCAGCCAUUGUUGGGUCAUCUAAAGGGGAGGGGACAGUCAACCACCAGAAUGUGAACCCCACUGUUGUGCCGCUGCCGGACCCCCCAACCUCAUCCUGCCUGAAGUCUGGGGUCCUGGUAAACCACAAAGAGCCUCGGUCCGGCUCCAGGGUGGGACUACGUGUUCACUUUAAACUGCCAGAGGAUGAGGAGGAUGAGGAUAGUGACGCAUCCAACAGCCUAUCAAAUGAGGAUAUGGAUCAGGCAUCAGCCAACAAAGAACCACCACCAGUACUGGCCAAACCAAAGCUGGACCCAGUCCAGCUCCAGCUCCUCCACAACCAGGUCCUGAUGGAGCAGCAACAGGAGGGUGAACCCUCGAACCAGAAGGAGGCCUCGAACUGGCCAGCAAAGGCACACCACCACCCCCACCCACAAUCAAAGUCCCAGGUUCAGCCUCUGCCCCAAGCAGAACCCCAGUCUCAGAUCCAGGUCAAAUUGACAACCCAGCCCCAGCCUCAGCCCCAUGUCCAACCUCAGCCCCUUGUCCAGCACCAGCCCCAGCCCCAGUUCCAGCCUCAACCUCAGCCCCAGUUCCAGCCCCAGCCCCAGCCGCAGCCCCAGUUCCAGGCCCAAUUCCAGCCCCAGUUCCAGCCUCAGUCUCAGCCCCAGCCUCAGCCCACAACACAGCUCCAGCCCCAACCCCAGUUCCGGCCUCAGUCCCCAUUUCAGCCUAAAUCCCAGUCGGAACCAAGCCUACAUCCCCCACCCAUCCCCACAUUCAUGCAAACAUCUAAUGCACCUUUAUUUACCACAGCCCCCACAUCUUCACUGACCUCCAUUCCUGUGACCAGACUACACACCACCGCUGCACCGCUAGUGAGCACUAUGCCUGCACCACUUCAAAGCAUCACAUUUGCACCUCACUUGAACUCCGCCCCUGCUCCACCUAAGAGCACCCUGCCAUCCCCACCCCUUCUGAAAACAGCUCCUCUCGUGACGUCCCCUCCCCCUGCCCCUCAACUGACAACAACUCCUGCACACUACAUGAACACAACACACACACACCCCUUGAGUGUGGCAGCUGUUACCCAGAUGACCACAAUUCACGCAUCUCAUCUGAAUCUAGCCCCUUCGUCCCUGCCUAGGACCCUACCCACCACCCCCCAGUUUAGCUCCCCCUCCACCCCACAUCUGAGCACAGCCCCCGCAGCAUCACUCAGCUCCAUCCCUGCUUCUCUUAACAAAGUCCCCACCUCCCUUCAGGAUACCUCCCCCUAUCCCAUGCUGAGAAGCACCCAUGCUUCCCUAAUGAACUUGGCCCCCACAUCCCAGAGCUUCAACUACGCUAGGCCCAAGGAGUUCAUCGCUGCCCAGAGCCUCUCUCCAGUCAGGAGUCCCCCUCCGACAGAGUCCCCUGUUCCCCUGCUCCAUGAGCUUGCCGCUGAGCUCCUAUCCUCCACAGCCAAGUCCCCCACCUCCACUCCCUUCUCCCCCCCGCCCAGGGUCUUCCCCAUCAGGGUGCUGAAGUCCCCCACCAGCCCCACCAGCCCCCUCAGCUUCAUGUCCUCUCCCACCCUGGUACCCGCAGCCUUCCUCAACUCUGUAUUUGCUCUACGGUCACAGUCGCCCCCCCAGGCCUCUUCCCCCACCUCCAGCAGCUCCACCCCCAGCCCCAUUCAGAACCCCGUAGCCUUCCUCAGUUCCGUCUUGCCCUCCCUGCACACUUCACAACCCACCAACUCCAUGGGCCUGCCCAGAAGCGCUCCAGCAGGGCCUCCUCAAGGCAUACUGAAGAAGGUGCCCAGGACUCGUUUAUUGUCAAACGAUGAAAUUCGAGACAGCAGAGAGUCCCUCUUUCAAGAUAUAGAGAAAAAGCUUCAGUUCAAAGAUGAAGCCACGCGUUUUGUACAACAGAAGCCGACUAAUGAGGGGAAAACAGCAAGCAGACCCUUUGGACCAAACAUUCCCGCUACUGUCUUUAACUAUGAUGAGGAGUACAAAGUGUCCAACUUUGAGCAUAGACUGAUGAGUGAGAUAGAGUUCCGUCUGGAGCGUACGCCAGUGGAGGAGUCAGACGACGAGGUGCAACACGAUGAGAUCCCCACAGGGAAGUGCAUCGCCCCCAUAUUUGACAAGAAGCUGAAGAACUUUAGGGCCAUGGAGGGUGUCCCAGUCACGUUCUCAUGUAAAGUCGUUGGCAUCCCCAUACCUAAGGUUUAUUGGUUCAAGGACGGAAAGCAGAUCCUGAGUAAAAAUGAUCACUUUAAGAAGAUCAGAGAGGGGGAUGGAACCUGUGCCCUCCACAUAGAGACCACCAUCAAUGAUGACGACGGCAACUACACUGUCAUGGCAGCUAACCCCCAGGGACGAAUCAGCUGUUCCGGUCACUUGAUCGUCCAAACGGGUCCCGUACGAAACCGUCUGACACCCAUGAUUCACUCUCAGAGAGUACGGGCCCGUGUACAGGAAGUGGAGGAGGGUGAGCAAACCCAGGAACGCUUUUUCCGACCUCACUUCCUCCAGGCUCCAGGAGAUAUGCUGGCCCAUGAGGGCAAGCUGUGUAGGUUAGACUGUAAGGUGAGUGGUCUUCCAAACCCAGAGCUGAUGUGGUUGAUUAACGGAAGGCCCAUCUAUCCAGACUUCUACCACCGUAUGCUGGUGAGGGAGAACGGUGUUCAUUCACUGGUCAUGGACCCCCUGACACAGAACGACGCAGGGACCUACACCUGCAUCGCCAGCAACAAAGCGGGACAGAGCUCCUUCUGUCUGGAGCUAAAGGUUGUUGAAAAAGAAAUGAAGCAACCACCCCAGUUUGUUGAGAAGCUCCAGAACACUGGUAUCCCCGAGGGAACUCCAGUCAGACUGGAGUGCAGGGUGGUGGGCCUGCCCCCUCCUGUCAUCUUCUGGAAGAAGGACAAUGACAGCAUCCCUAGCACAAAGGACAGAGUCAACAUGCACCAGGAUGCCACUGGUUAUGUUUGCCUUUUAAUUCAACCAACCAGGAAAGAGGAUGCUGGUUGGUACACGGUGUCAGCUAAAAACGAGGCUGGUAUCGUAUCAUGCACAGCUAGGCUAGACAUCUAUGCCCAGUGGCACCAGCAGGUCCCAGUGCUCAUGAAGAAGUCUCAACGCCCUGGAAGCCGCUAUGCUGUUCUGACAGGUCAAGGCCUGGACAUCAGGUCUGCCUUCCCCACCACAGACAACAGCCCUAUCCUGUUCUCCAGCUCCCCUGUGGAGGCCACACUGGAGAGUGAGGAGCUGUAAUCAGGACAGGAGAGACAUCUUAGUGCAACCAUAUACCCAAAGACACCACACACACUAUCCCCACCAGCACUGGCUCUGUAAAUGUAAACCACAAUCAUCUGUAGCCUUCUCACCCAGUGUGUACUGUAGCAUGAGCUGUUAUCUUCUAAAUCUAGACUUAUGCAAUUAUACAUCAUAUCUGGGGAGGUGAGAGGGAAUACACAGAGGAUUACCAUAUGAGAAGAAUGUCCCGUAAUUUGUGUGGUUGUCAGAUGUGAUAUAUUGACAUUAGAAUAACAGAGAAUUUUUGUUUCACCGAAUCAAGAAUCGUAUUUGUCAAACUGUCAACCUAAUGGUGUGGCCAUUCCUACUGAACUGCACCAUUUGUACUGUCUUAUUCACACUGUCCCACAAAGCAAGAUCAAUGUGCAAAGUCUUAGUUCAUGAGCCACCUCUGGGGUCCUCUAAAAGUUUUGAAUAAUAGAUAGUUCACGUUUUCUACUUCCUUGUAGCAUCAUCGUGAGAUUAUAGAUUAACCAUGAGUACACACUUUCAUUAAGCACUUCAACCUGUUUUUAUGGCAUAGUUUUAAAUACAUAGUUUUACUAUUUAUAUGGGUUUCACACCACUUAUUUUUACUGUAAACUUAGAGUAUAUUAAAUUACAGUGUAUUGAAGUUAGUAUUAUAUAGUAGUAUGAAUAAUUUGUGGGCUGAUUCACCAACUUUAUGUUUGCUAAAGAAACAGUAGAUUGUGAAAACAUAUUUACAGUUAUUUGAAUUUAAAUAUACUUUGACUAUACUAUAACUAGAUUCCCUUUUAUAUUCAAUUCAAGAAACAUUAUUUUUAAAACAUCACACACCUUUACACCCCAUUGUUUAUGCAUGCUUAAGUAAAAGAAAACAAGCUCACUGAAGAUAGGCUCUGUUACUUCUCACUGUCAUACAAGCACAUAGUUCUGGUCAUAGUAGUUCUCUACUGCACAUCUAGAGCCUCAUUCAAGGUUUUGCAUUUUAAACAUUCAAACAGUAACAUAAUGUUUACUUUACAGAGUUGAGUUUUUAAAGUGAGGAACUUUGGCUGCUCUGUUAUGUCUUUACAGCAAUAUAGUUUUUAUUUUGAAAGAUAAACUUAUGUGUUACAAUUUGUCUACUGAUUUGGUAUUUUUUGUUAGGCUAACAACUGACAAAUAAUAAGUUAAAUGUUUAAAAGCUUCUGUUAAAAUAAGAUAAAGUUGCACCAUGUAAAAUAGUUAUUAUAUGUAAAAUAUAUAUAAAAUGAGAAUAAAGUUGUAUUUAUUAAAACAA